UUCGUGCACAAAACGCUCACACGAAACAUACACCAAUACCAACACUGACGAGAAAAGCCAAGCACAGACAGCAACCAAAGCACGACGACUCGACGCAAGAGAGAGAGAGACACACACACAGAGCGAGCGGAAGGCAAGCAAGGCAAAGCACGAUGGCGUUUGUGCGUGCGAUGCGCGGGGGGAUGACGCUGCUGCGCCCCGCUACAACAGCAGCGGCGAUGACGAGGAGGACACCGGGUUGCCUCGCUGCUACGGCGGCGGCGGUGGCAAGUGCACGAGCGUUCUCGUGCUCCACCAUGCUGCAUUACAGGAGCAGCAGCGAUAGCAGCGACAACAGUGACAGCCACCCCCACGUCGGCGGCGACGUCAUCGACGCAGCGUCGUCCUCGGGGAAGCGAGGGCUGUCCUUUGCAUCCACAAACAUCGUGCACACAACACCGUCCUCGUCCUUGCGCUUCGAUCUGCUGGCAUGGCAGGCCGAGCAAUACCGCACGCAAGCGCCUCCGGUCGACCAGACCCUCGAAUCCGCCUCCCCUGCACCCGUCCCUCCCUCUACCUUCAGCGCCAUCCUCCAAGAGGAUGAAGGGCUGUGCCGCCUGGACCACCGCCUCCUUGAACAAACACAUGCCAUCGGCUCCUUGCACGCGGCAGCGCUCAUGAGCUCCACCUUGAAGAAGCGACGAAGGAAGAUGAAGAAACACAAGCACCGCAAGUGGCUCAAGAAGAUGAAGUCCGUCUGGGCGUCCCUCAAGAAGUAGCCAUCGCCAGCACUUGAUGUGACUGCCGCGUACGUGCGUGUGUGCGAGAGACAGGGAGAGAGAGAGAGAGAGAAAAGGUGGAGAACAAAGGGGAUGACGGGAUUGGUUGGCGUUGGAUCUAUGACAGGGCGGGGAGAGUGUCAGGUGCAAGGUUGCGAGCCCUUUUGCCUUGGCGAGCAAGCAGACAUGUGCGGCUAGGAGAGAGGACGACGACCACCUGAGAUGAUGAGCAGCAGCAGCAGCACCACCAUCCCCAGCUCGUGCUUGUCGUUUGUGCGUGUAGUGCAUGGUUGUAUUGGCCGCGUAAGCGAGACUUGUUUGCAGGCAGUACAUGCGUUAUUGUGUGCGCGUGUGCGAAGUGUGUGUGUACGCAAGGGAAGGGAGGAUGCUUGGAGUGUUUGCCAUUAGGUUGAGAAGCAGUUUCUUUGUGAUACAUGUAUGCCUGAGGGGAAGCCACAAUCUUCCGUCAAGCAGUAAACAGACGAUGAUGA